AAAUUUAAAUCUUUCAGUGUGUAAAAAUUAAUGAAAGAUAAGAAAUUAUAAUUAAUCAGAUAUCAAAGGACAUUUAGCCAAAUGAUUCGAGAUUUUCAUAUUACAAAGGAGUGCAAAAUAUAUAAUAGCGGUCAAUCAUAUCACUAGAUGCGUGACAUUAACCAACUGAUAAAGUAAAAAUUUGUCUCUAUGAUAAGUGUAUAUCUUAUUUUAAUAACAAUCUUUUAAACUAAAACGAUAUUUGUAGUCUUAGAUGCAAGGUAGCGGGUCAUUUAAAUUUGUUCUUAUUGCAAUCAAAGACUGUUAUCAGUCAGGGUGAUCAAAUAUUUGAGACUUAUUAAUGAAGACUCGUAAUCGAUAAUGUUGAUUAUGAAAUGCUCAGUCAAAAUUGACUUAACUGUACUGUUGAGAUUCAAUCCGAUGAUGUAGGUGAUGCAUCAUUCAUUUCGAUUUCUAACGAUUGAAAAUCAUCGAAUUUGAUUUAGAAAAUCUACAGUAAGCAGGACUAGCAAGUAUCGAAAUUAUUACAACAUAUAAUUUCACUAGAAAAUUUGUUUCAACAAUAAUAAGUUUUUGUGAAAUACUUUUAAAUGAUAUUUGAUUAUUAUUCAGUGAACAGAAAACUGAAAUCGAUGAAUAUAUUUCAUGAUUUAUUUAUUAUAUAACUGAAAACAACCUGGUUGAGAAAAUCAUAUCACAAAAGUAGUAACAGAAGAAAAUGAUCAAACAAUUACUGAUUCUUAUCGCAAUUAAAUGUACUAGUGGAUUAACAGGUCGAGGAUUAAUGUACCCAGGAAGGACAGAUCUAUUUGAACUUUCUAUUGUUCAUAUCAAUGAUUUUCACGCUAGAUUUGAAGAAGUGAGCCCCACCGCAAGUGCAUGCGAGCGAAAAAGAGGUGCGAUAUGUGUCGGCGGGCUGCCAAGAGUUUUUACUGCAGCUAAACGAUUGUUCAAAGAGAGGCCAAACGCUAUUCUUCUUAAUGCCGGAGAUCACUACCAGGGGACGCUGUGGUACAACUUACAUCGGUGGAAUGUCACUGUCACUUUUUUCAAUAUGGUACCCUGGGAUGUCUUGACGAUAGGAAACCACGAAUUUGAUGAUGGUAUCGCAGGAUUGGUUCCUUUUCUAAAAAAUAUAAAAGCACCUGUUGUCAUUACUAACAUUGAUAUGAGCGAUGAGCCGACGAUGCAGAAUUUAACUACAAACAGCACAAUACUUUACCGCGGAGGUAAAAAAAUUGGAGUAAUUGGUGCAAUUAUAAAAACUACAACCGAAUUAUCGAAAACGGAGAAAUUAAAGUUUUUAGACGAAAUCGAAACAAUAAAUCUCGAGGCCGAAAAAUUGAAACUCUAUGAAAAAGUCGACAUAAUAAUAGUAUUGAGUCACUGUGGUCUGCCAGUUGAUCGAAAAAUAGCCGCUAAUUGUCCUCUGGUUGAUGUUAUUGUCGGUGGACAUUCUCACUCGUUUUUGUACUCAGGUGAAGCUCCGUUUAUCGACCAACCGGUGGAUGAGUAUCCAGUUGUGGUAACCCAGGCAUCAAACCGCACGGUGCUGAUUGUCCAGGCAGCUGCUUUUACCAAAUACCUAGGUAACCUGACUGUCUGGUUCAACGCGGAAGGAGAAGUGGAAGACUGGGAAGGAAACCCUAUAGUCCUGGACGAGACAAUCCAGCAGGACCCAGAGAUGCUAAAAGCUCUGGAACCUUGGAAAAAACAAGUCGAUGCUCUAGGGAGCAAAGUUAUCGGCAGGACUAAGGUAAAGAUGCCCAAAACCUGCCGGGUGGGGGAGUGCAACAUCGGAAACAUGAUUACUGACGCGAUGAUCGAGUCAUUUAUCGACAGAGCCGAGGACGAGAGCUACUGGAGCUUUGCUUCGAUUGCGGUGACAAAUGGCGGCGGUAUCCGCAGUCCUAUUGACUCUGCUUCAGGUGAUAUCACCUUUGCGGAUCUAGUGAUGGCUCAACCUUUCGAAAACUACUGGGAUAUUAUCGAGAUGAAGGGCAGUGACAUUCGAAUGACUUUGGAGAUCUGCGUCGCCAGAAGUCAGCCAGGACAUUGGAACGGAUACUCUUUCCUGGUCUGGUCUGGACUUCGGGUUUUUUAUAACAUGUCCCAGCCUGUGUUCUCAAGGGUCGAUAGUGUCAAGGUCCAGUGUCGCCAAUGUGAUGUUCCGGUUUAUGAAAAUCUGCUUGACCAUGAGUGGUACCGCGUUGUAGUACCGACUUUUCUGCUCCGAGGAGGCGACGGGCACUCUGUUAUUGCCAGUAGGCAUCGGAACCACGUCGUAGGAGGGCGCGAUAUUGAUUUUCUUGUCAAAUAUGUGAAGAAAAUUAGUCCGCUGAUGAACGGGCUUGAGGGAAGGAUUGUUUUUGUGUGAUUUUCAGUAUUAAAGCGAGGAAUUUUUUUUCUGCAUAAAUUUGU